AUGAAUUGUGGAGUGUGCAAGAAGAAGGUUUCGAGAGAUGAGCCUCUCAAGAUCAAGUGCAAUGCAUGCAGUGCAAAUUUCCAUGGAAUUUGUGUAAAGGUGGGAGAGCAAGACAUUGUCACUCUUCAGGAGGAGAAACUGCUAUGGAAUUGUUCUGGGUGUAAAUCCCGGCGCCUGAGUUUCAUGAGAGACGGUGGAACUCCGCCUUCUCCAUCUCUUGCCUCAUUAACCGAGGGUAUGAAUGAUCUCCGCUUAAUGUGUGAACCUUUCGCGGAUCUUGGCAGGGAUGUGAAAGAUCUUCGAUCCCUUUGUGAAGAAAAAUUUGGUCGUCUGGAUAACUUCUUUGGGGCGUUUGAAAACCUGGUAAGGGAGAACAAGGCAUUGAAAAUCACUGUGGAACAGUUGCAAAACGAGAAUGUACAUCUGAAAGAGAUAACGGCGAAGUCGGACUGUGCGAUAAUGAAACUGGAUGAACAAGUGGAGAAACUGCAGCAACAGGCAAAUCUCUCCUCAAUUGAGAUACAUGGACUCCCUGAUGAGUAUAAGAGAGGGACAAAUAAUACCACUGUGGCAGUCGAAAUACUGAGGGAAUCUCUUGGGAUUGAUGUUAAUGAGGAGGAUAUUCUCAGCAGCAAUAAAUUUCCAAUGAGGACCAAAGACCAGGGAAUCAGGAAAUCAGUGACGGUGGUCAGAUUUGUUAGCCAAAGUAUGAGAUCAAGGAUCAUGUUGAGGAAACGGGACAGGCUUAGGAGGGACGGAGGACUCUUCGUGCAUGAUGGCAAUGAAAGAUUCGGCAUAUACGUGAGUGAGAGGCUGACGUCGGCUCGUGCUCAGCUACUUAGAAGAACUCGUGAGGCUGCUAAGGAAAAGGGCUACAAGUACGUGUGGGUGGUCAAUGGAGUGAUCAAGGCUAGAAGGAGCGACCGUGAGAAGAUUUUUUACAUUAAUUCAGAGAAAGACUUACUUAAAUUAACGUAG